AGCAAGAGUGCUCGGGUUUUUAAGACAAGUCCUUUACAACGUUGUACACUUGUUUUUCUGUUCCAUCCGUUCCGCGUUUUAGUAUUUUUAUUACAAACCUGCUAUGCUGAAAGCAGAGUCAGAAAUUUACAUGUUUUUUCCACGGUUAACUUGGAAGUUUGCUUUGUAGCCUUAUGUAUUUACCUCCCUAAUGAAUUCAUCUAGGAAAAUUGUUAAACUGAUACUAUUCAGUAUUUUUAAGAAGGCUGUAUUAUUUGAGGGUGUAAAUUUCUUUCCUUCAAAGUCUUGUUAUUUUAGCAAAGAAAUACUGGAUAUCAGUAUUAACAGAGAACUUAUCCUGGAUGUGAGUUGCUCUGUAAGGAGUUUCAAGUAGUCUGUGUAGUGCUGCUUAAAUUGUACCAUAGAGUAUGUUUUACUGAGGACUAUAUCACUUUCUCCUUUUAUAGAGAGACAUAAAAUGACCUUCAGUUUUAUAGCUUGUAAAAUGGCUUUAAUGAAAUAUCUGUGGUGUUUAUGAUGUGCAAGUUGCAAGUAUUUUGAGAUGCUGAUGUCUCACUGUCUCUCUCAGUCUCCUGUAAAUAAGCAGUAGCUCAACAAGGUUCAGUAAAAGUACCGGAUGGAUAAGGCUGAGAGGACAAUUUCACUCCAGUGCCUCUAACAUUUGAUUGAUUUAUUAAUGAAAGAAAGCACAAAAAUGGCCAUUGGCUUGGGCAGGCACUGGAUGCAGUGACCCUGAAUAGUGAGUUGCUUUUUAACUGGAACAUAAAACGCUGCCCAUAGCUACAAAGACACGCUGUAUUGGGUUUAUGAGAAACUGCAAUAUAGCUGGAAAAGCUCUUCUCUUCAGCUUUGCUUUAAAAUGUGGGUGCUGCAAGCCUCUAAUCAGUGGUUCUGAGGAAGAAAAGCACCCUGCCCUUCUCCCAAGAUAACUAGCUGUUUAUGUUAUCUGGCAGCAAGCAGAUUUGAAGCUAUUAACGGCUUUUAUUACCUUUCAAUUCGUUGAUCACUUGAAUGCAUUUAAUGUUUUAAGACUGCCUCCACUGUGAGUUGAGUUAAAGCUCCUGUGAAAGUGAAAAAGAGCAGCUUUGUGUUGAAGUGAUCACGGAGAUAUUUUCCAGAUCUUAGUCCUUGUCAGUAGCCUGUUGUCUGCUCUCUGUACAAGUGUCGGUGUGUACGAUUAAGUCAACACAAGUGCAAACAGUGCUAACCUUCCCGAUCUGAGGGGACGUGACUUUUGUUGCACACAGAACUUGAGUGUGACUAGUGGGGGAUUCAGUGUGACAGACUUCGAAGAUGUGAUAAAUCCCAAGACCCAUCCUAUUUUGUUCACCUGAGCACUGUUCCUCCUUCAAUUGCAGCCUGAACUGGGAAUGCCUGUGCUAAAUCACAAAGGGGUUCAGCAGCGGGAGGAUGAGGUGGUCAGGCCAAUGGUGGUGGUCUGAUUCAGUAAAGUGUCUAACCUGCAUCUAAAGUGCUGUCAUCUUGUGUUGCUAAAAAGAUCAUAUGUGCUUAGGGUGUUCAGACAAUCCUGCAUCUCUCUGUGUUGGGAAGUAAGCAGUCUGUCAGCCUCCUUGGAUGCAGGACAAAAAGUCAGGGGUCUCAGCUCAGUUCAUGCUCCUCCUGACAUGUGAGCAGCCACGUGAAUGAGAGGGGCUCAUCUGGAAGCCAGCAGACAGAUUGAAGUCCUUUGGACAAAGAAUUUAUCUGCUCAUGUGCAAAUAUACCCUAAGCCAGUUCAAUAAAUGAAAAGGGCAGCUGUGAUGGCUGUGUCAGCUCUUGCCAAAUCCUGGAAGGACCAAGUCUUCAGUUUCUGGAGCAAGCUCAUGCAAGGUCAUCCAGCUGAAGCUGAGACUGUAUUGUCAGGAUAAACUGGAUUCAGGCUGGGAAGUGUAACUGGCACUGCUUCAGUGGCUGUGGUGGGUGACCUCUCUUGUGAGGUGGGGUUUUUGGUCUGUUACCCUGGAUGCUUUUGAAGAACUUGUCACUUGUCACUUCAGCACUGCCCACAGCUACAAUGGCACAUAGCCACAAGAGUGUGACUGUUGGGCAGCAUCUCACAUCAGCAUUUGCCUGGAACUGAACAAGGAGAAGGAGGUGGGGAGACUCUAUUUCUUUAGGUGAUCACUGCAGCUUAGGCUGUCCCUGCACUUGCAUACAACCGUGGCAAAGGAGGGUUUGUGGAGUCAACAACACAUAGAAGAGACGGAAAGCAAGUCAUGACAACACAGAAUAUUCCUGGAAGAGGUUUCCAGUAGCUUUGGAGUCUGGAGUUGCCAAAAUGCUGAUGAGCCAGUUCCUAAUGACCCAAGACCUUGCUGGGGACUCGAGGGGGCCCUGUUUUCAGAACAGCUGCAGUGAACAAACAUUCCCUGCCUGCUCUAGACUUGCAUGGAAAGGCAACAUCUUUGUUGUCAGCUUGUCCGUUGCAGACCUCGUGGUUGCAGUUUAUCCGUACCCUCUGAUCUUAAGUGCCAUCUUCCACAAUGGAUGGACCAUGGGAAACGUCCACUGCCAGAUAAGUGGGUUCCUGAUGGGCUUGAGUGUCAUCGGGUCCAUUUUCAACAUCACAGCGAUCGCGAUCAACCGCUACUGCUACAUCUGCCACAGCCUUCGGUACGACAAGCUCUUCAACCUGAAGAACACCUGCUGCUAUCUCUGCCUCACCUGGACACUCACGGUGGUGGCAAUUGUGCCAAACUUCUUCGUUGGCUCCUUGCAGUAUGACCCCCGGAUUUACUCCUGCACCUUUGCCCAGACGGUGAGCACAUCGUACACCAUCACGGUGGUGGUGGUUCACUUCAUCGUCCCGCUCUCCGUCGUGACGUUCUGCUACCUACGGAUCUGGAUUUUGGUGAUUCAAGUCAAACACCGGGUGAGACAAGACUGCAAGCAGAAACUCAGGGCGGCUGACAUCCGAAACUUCUUGACUAUGUUUGUGGUUUUUGUCCUUUUUGCUGUGUGCUGGGGACCAUUAAACUUUAUUGGCCUUGCUGUUUCAAUUAAUCCUUCAAAAGUGCAGCCACACAUUCCCGAAUGGCUUUUUGUCCUGAGCUAUUUUAUGGCCUAUUUUAACAGCUGCCUCAAUGCUGUGAUCUAUGGGCUUCUUAACCAGAAUUUUCGGAAGGAAUACAAAAGGAUAUUGCUGACACUGUGGACUCCCCGGCUGCUGUUCAUUGAUGUGUCCAAGGGCGGGACAGAAGGGAUGAAAAGCAAGCAUUCUCCAGCCAUAACAACCAACAACAACCACGCUGAAAUACACCUAUGAGUCAGGACAGUACUAUUUAUUCUGGAUUACAAUUGUAUAUAUAAUAUAUAAGAGCAUUUCUAGCUGUGUGCAUUGCACAGCUGGUGUUGCUCUCAUGUAAGGAAGGAGUCUGCAACCUUUCAUGCUUAGCUUAUCGCUGUGACAUCAAGGCUUUGAAUAAGGAUUUUCAGAACGGAAAUGACUGAUUUUUUUUUUUUUUUUUUUUAAUAUGUCAUCUUUCACUGUGUGCCUAAUUAAUCGGUUUGGUUGCUUUUGCCACAAGCAUGCCAAUACCCGAAAAGGGAAGCGUUCAGAGUGCAUGGAGAAAUGCAGUUAUGCUUGAAAUGCAAUCUUCAAGAGACAGCGAAAUUGCCAUUUAUUACACACAAACCUUUCUCCCCUCCCUCUGAAUUCUAUUUUUCUAGCAUUAACUUAACCUGAACUGUAUCAAACAAAGUGUAAACUGCAUGGCUUUUUACAUUAUAGAUAAGUAACCGUAUUAGCCAGCAGGUGUAUGUAUGGGCAUGGUGUGUGUUUUUCCUUUUUCUUUUCUCUUAAGGUUUAGGAGCUAGCCUGGGCUAGAUGUGAGGCAGCCAGAAGCCAGACCAGUGUGUGUCUGAUGCACUCCUUUUAAUUGAGUAUCUACAGACAUUAAGUACCCUUGCACUCUCCUUCCCAGGCCAUGAGUAAGUAUAUGACAUAUGACAUAAUCUAAUUGCAGUAAGAUACUUGGAGCCUGAUUCUAAUUUAGGCAGUAUCCUAUCAUGGCCAGCAGUCAUUCCAAACAUCUUUCAAAAGUCACUGCUACAUGAACAUCACAAUAAAAAAGAUGAACAUAGCAGAGUCCCAUCUGUGUAACACAGAUUGCGACUUUCAAGUUCCAGUAACAUUUACACUUGCAGACAAAAGCAGAAGGGGAAGGCAGUGUUUUUACAAAAAUCCCUCUUUUUGCCCAUCACAGAACAUGAAUUUGCUGAUGGGAGAAAAAGUUAAGAUAUUUUUCCCAUUUUAUUCAUGUACAGAAUUGUAAUUAACUCACAGAGUGGGGAGACAAAAGCUGCUUAAGCAUAAUUAUGCAUCAGUUCUGUUUAAGCCUGGUCUGUGCUAUCUGUAUCAUUGGCAACAAUGUCAUGAAGUUCUGGGGAGGCCAGUAUCAUAUUAGACAUAAGCACAUGGGCAAAGAUAAGGCUGUUUCUUUAAUGGAGUAUGAAAGGGGUGUGUGUGUAUGUGAUGGCAGCUGUCUGUAGAUAGGACUUUUGUGUUUCCUUAGCUUCAUUGUGAAUUCAUCUCUUUAUGGCUUUAAAUGUGGAUCCUGCUUUGAAACAAUCCCAUAAAAUGAACAGGUAAGACACCCCUGGUGCAGCUCUACCUUCAGGUUAGCACCCCUGCCAGUGUGCUGAGGGGCACAGCAGGGAGAGGGGCAGGUCUGAGCCCUGGGGGUCUAAUGAGGACAGCAGGCAGCCCUGCCCCUGGUCAAGGACUGCAGUCUUCUCUCUUUGGUUCUAGUCAAGGCAGGACUAGUUCCCAGCACUGAGCCCUGAAAGACCGAGACCAGACUUCAUAGGUACCUGGAGAUGGAGGUAUAUAGGGUUUCCUCAAAGCCUGAGCAGGCACUGUGCCUAAUCCUAAGUGAAAAUAAUAAUAAUUUGUGCACUGCUUUCUGAAACCAACCUGCUGCUGAAUGUCCCUUCUGCUGAUUUUUUUGAGGAAGAGGAAUUGAGAAAAACAAAGGCUUUUUCUGAAAUGGGCCAAGGAACUUUGCAUGCUGCAUUGCCUCCAUGAGGACUGAGUGUCUCUGCUGCUUUGCUGCCAUGUGGUGAAGGUCACUGCAGUAACAGGGGGCCCUGCAUUUAUAGGGUGCCCUGGCACUUAGGAAGUUUCAAACUUGAACAUCUCAGCCACUUCAGAUGAAUGUUGUUUUAAAAUGCACUGCAGCCAGCCUCCCAUAAUAGGAAUCAAACUGAGUUCUGUUUUGGCCUCUUAAUCCAUCUCAGCAUGGCCAAAUAAAGGUAUUUUGACCCUCAGAAAUAACUGUUGUCUGUUCGCCUUCCAGAAAAACCACCCUGGAUGAAUUCACACCAUUCCAUGCAAGCAAAAUCAUUUUGAGUUAAACUUGGAUAAGAAAAGCACUGAGGGCGCAUAACUGCAGAGAGUGUUUGUCCCAUCACGCCUGGGAGAUGUCCCAUGUUCCAUGACUAGUCUUCAAAGUCAUUUGCAAUUAGCCACAACAGUGUUAGUUAGAAUCACAUUAGCAAAUAAUUUGAAGCAUCUAGUGCCAAGUGAAAUAUACUGCUUUAAGACAAUUGUGAAGAAUCUUGUGCAGGUUUGCCAAAUAUCUCAAAUACCCCAAAGCUGGGGUUUCAUCUUUCGGAAUCUUGUCUUUUUAACUGAAUGUUCAGUGGAGGUAAUGUGGGGGGUUUUUUAUUAUUAUUUUAUUCUUUAUGCUUGUAUUUGCACUAUUUCUUAUUCAGGCUCCAAAGUUAACAGCCAGCAAGUAUUUGAACCAAACCAAAUCCAAAGAGGUCCUGAACAGGCAAGCUGUGAGAGUUCCUUUUCCACCUGGCAGGAAUGGGGGCAGCAAGAGCACGACAGGGCAUCUCCCCAGGACUCACUGAGUCACCGCUCACCCAAACUAUGCAAAAUGAUCUACUCCUCUUCUGCCACAGGCUCUGAGCCCAGCUGCUGCCCAGAUCUCUGCAGGGGACAGGCUAAGUACCUGCUGUGCUGGGGUGGGUCUGAGCAGCUGCCUGCAGUGCAGACCCUGCAGGCUGACGGUGGCUCUGGCAGCACAGCCCUGGCACGACCUGUUCAGAAGGCUCUGGGUGUCCCAGGGAGGUGCCCAGGGCUGGGCUGAUUCAGCCACCAUGGUUGGAGGCUUGAGCUCAGUCCUUCUGGAGCUGAGGUUUGCAAUAUGAACCAUGGGAAGCAGGGAAUGUAGCCUCAAACAGGAAACACUGUGCCAUUUGUUAGCACUUUGAGAGAGGCAGCGCUUAGGAUAGGAUGGAGUUUUAUAUUGACUUACUUUAAAACUACCCAAGCAGCUCCUUAUUUUUAUGUUAUGAAAUGGUUAACAGGGUACAGAGAGUUUAUUUUUGUUAGCAUUUGUUUACAUAAAAAGAAAGCGUGUUUUAGCUGGGAAUUCUGAGCAGUGUCAUAGUUUCCCUAUGGGAAUCUAGCUUUAGUCCAAAUUUGAGAUUUCAGUGAGAUCCUACAAUUUUAAUCUCAUUCUGCCAGUUCCACCUGUUGCAUAUCUGGCCUUAAGUCUCAUUGAGAUCUCAUUAUGAACUAGUUUCAAAUCACUUGCUCUGGGUUUGAGAUGGUAUGUCAAAUACCUAUUCUAGUCCCAAGCUCUAAAAUUGUUGUAGUGGAAACUUAUGGAGAGGUAGUAUUGCUAAGAAGAAAGAUGAAUCUCUUGCCACAAAGAAAUAUUUUUGGAUGUUGCUAAUGAAUGUUGUUUCAUCAAUUUAAGAAGAAUGUAAUCAAUAUAUUUAUAUAUAAAUGUGCAUUGCAUAUGCUGUUUCCAUUUUAAUGUUUAAUUGAGAAUCCUCAGUAUACUUUCUUAUUGCCAUUUUUGUUCAUAAAAUAGAUUAAUUCCCUUUACCUGUUAAAAAAUGUAAUAAAUCUGCCAUUGGACUAUUUACUGAUUUUUUUUUUCUUCACUAGCAGUUACUUUUUAAUAAAUAUUUGGAACAUCA